AUGACUAAAGAUUUCUCCCUUUCUGAAAACGCCCUCACCGUGGACAUCGACGGCACUGCCACGGCCUUCCACUACGUGUGGCUCAGGGACAACUGCCAUUGCACGGACUGUUUCUACGAUAUCACCAAGCAGAGGUUGUUGAACUCGGCCACCAUCGACGAGAACAUCCGUCCGGACGAGUGCAAGUACAACGAUGGAUUUGACAUUGUGUGGAGCCAGAACGGCCACAAGUCCAGAUACGAGCUCGACUGGUUGCGUCUCCACGCGUACAACCCCAGAAUCGUACCUUUGGAGAAUAAGGUCCAGGGCGAGAAGGACGUGUUGAAGAUGGAGUACUGGAAGACCAAGGACAUCGAGAACAACAUGCCACGUGUUGAUUACGGCGCGAUCAUGGCGUCCGACGAUGCCACCGACGGCGAGGCCGCCAUCAAGGACUGGUGCCUCAAGAUCUGGAAGUACGGCUUCACCUUGAUCGACCAUGUGCCCGUGACGCCUGAAGACACGGAGAUGUUGUGUGAGAAGCUCAUGUACAUCCGUCCCACCCACUACGGCGGAUUCUGGGACUUUACCUCCGACUUGACCAAGAAGGAUACCGCCUACACGAACUUCGACAUUCUGUCCCACACCGAUGGAACCUACUGGUCCGACACCCCUGGUCUCCAGUUGUUCCAUCUUUUGUUCCACGACGGAGAAGGCGGAACUACUUCAUUGGUGGACGCUUUCCAGUGUGCCGAGCAAUUGAAGAAGGAGGAUCCUGAGAGUUUCGAGAUCUUGACCAGAAUCCCAGUUCCCGCUCACUCGGCAGGUGAAGAGAAGGUCUGUAUUCAGCCAGACCUUCCACAGCCAGUUUUCAAGCUCGACCACCAAGGGAAGCUUCUCCAGGUUCGUUGGAACCAGAGCGACCGUUCGUGUAUGGACAAUUGGGAGAAUCCAGAAGAUGUGCCUAAGUUCUACAAGGCCAUUAGACUGUGGUACAAGAUUAUCAGCUCCCCAGAAAACGAAACGUUCUACCAAUUGAAGCCAGGCCAGUGCUUGAUUUUCGACAAUUGGCGCUGUUUCCACUCGAGAACCGAGUUUACAGGAAAGAGAAGAUUGUGUGGAGCUUACAUCAACCGGGACGACUUUGUGUCGAGAUUGAAGUUGUUGAAUUUGGGCCGUAAGGCUGUAUUGGACGCUAUUUGA